AUGUCCAGCCAAGGGGCAAUCUCUGGAAGUCCCCUGAGGGACACUCUUCAGCAGGAUGUGCUGGCAGGGCGAGUAAUUGGAGGCCACGAAGCCCAGCCAAACAGCUGGAAGUGGCAGGUAUCACUUCAGAUUGCCUACCCUAAUGACCCGGGGUACUAUGCUCACAUUUGUGGUGGGACCCUUAUCAGCAGCAAGUGGGUCAUGACUGCAGCCCAUUGCCUCAGUUCCAGCUCAUCCUACCGUGUGGCUCUGGGUGAGCACAACCUCCUGGAGGUGGAUGGCACCGAGUACUACAUUGAUGUGGAUGCAAUCUUCAUUCAUGAUGGCUGGAAUCCCAAUGACAUUGCCAACGGCUAUGACAUUGCCCUGCUGCGCCUCGAGUCUCCUGCCAAUGCCAACGGGUUCGUCGAGCUGGGAGUGCUUCCACGUACAGGAGAAAUUCUGCCCAAUAACUACCCCUGCUAUGUCACCGGCUGGGGGGUGGUUAGUGCGGGGGGCGGCAGUGCGGACAGGCUGCAGGAGGUGAUGCUGCCGGUGGUCGACCACGAGAUCUGCUCCCAGGAUGACUGGUGGGGAUCCCAGGCAAAGGACACCAUGCUCUGUGCAGGUGGAGAUGGCGUGAAGGCUGGAUGCAGUGGGGAUUCUGGGGGCCCUCUCAACUGCUACAAAGAUGAUCACUGGGAAGUCCAUGGGAUUGUCAGUUUUGGGUUAGUGCCCUACUGUAACACCUACCAGAAACCAACAGUCUUCACUCGAGUGUCAGCCUAUGUGGACUGGAUCUACAGUACUAUGGAGAAUAAUGGGGGGUUCUAG